GACCGUCUCUGUGUAUAUCCCAGUAGAGCUGUUCGCUACGCAUUCACAUUUGGUUCCCUCAGGCAUGGCCGAUCUUCAGGAUAUCUCCGGUGCUAAAUUAGGCGUGCUGCCUGAAGCCGUCAGUGAUGUCGGUGUACUGGCAUCCAAGAGACAACCUCCAGCCGACUAUUAUAUUGUUGCACAAACAACAGAUGGCUUCGACGCCAACCUGUGGAAGGACAGCAUAUUCAAAUCCAAGGUCACACGCUAUCUGUGCUUCAGCCGAGCUGCCACCUCCAAAAAUAAGCAAUUAUGCAACGUGGUGGUGGAUAUGAAGCUGAUGGACCUGAAGGACUGUUUGCCAGAGGGCUUCACUCCCAUCCAAGACACCAUGGAUACCCAGGAACAGGCUUUGAGGAAGGAGCGGCUGUGUGUGAAGUUCGUCCCCCGAAACAGCACUGAUACGGCGAUCUGCGAUGUGCUUAUACAGGGAAAAUCAAAGCACAGCCUCGCUAAUUAUACAUUUAUAGGAGAGCUGAAUGGUUUGGGGAUUUGGUACCAGCUGGGAAAAGUCCCUAAGUCGCAUGACACAACACAGAAAACAUUGCCUACCUCUACAAGUAUUUGUAGCAUUGCCAGACAAGCCCCAAAGUCUCCGGUCUCUAGUCCUACUAAAAAGAACAUUGUCAAGCCAGAUUAUGACGAAAUCUACAACAUCUACACCAAAUCAGCUAUGGAUGAUAUUCCUUUUAUGGUCUCCCAAAGGCCUGCCUCCCAGAGCAAAUAUGAUAUAGAACCACUUCCCAUCUUGAAUAUUUCCAUCAAAUCACCACAGGAGAUUGAGGAGGAAUACAAAUAUUGUUUCAACACUGAACACAGCGCUGCAGCUUUCACAUGGAGCCAGUGACUCGAAGACUUACCAUAUAACACUAGAGUAAACCAGAGUGCAGUGAGCCCACAUUUACAUCUACAAUAAUAGUUAUUAAAGCUCUCGUCUACAAUAAAUAUCAAUCAGAAGAAAAAGGUUUACACUUGAGCCUUUUUUAAGUAUACAGUUUUUGAUUCCCCAAAGAAGCAUUCGGUGAACAUGUCUUUGUUUUUUAGCGUGAAAGUCAUUUUAAAAAUCCAAAGACAUUACUUUCCACUUUAAAGAACAAUCUGUGAAAUUUAAACAUUCCAUUGAUUUUCAAAAGUUCUUUAUCUAACCAUCAGCCAAAGUAUAAAGUACCUUUAUGUAUUGGAAAUUUGGUUAUGGGCACAUAUUGUAUGUGUGCAGUCUGAUUAUUUUGUGUGUAUGUGCAGCUCACAAUAGUGCUGUGUGUUUGUUUUGCACUACUUAGUUGGUCCACAAGAUGUGCUGCAGGUUAAAAAAACACAUGCACAGAGAAAAACACAAACUGAGAAAAUAUCUUCAUCAAUUUGACAACACACACACACACACACACACACACACACACACACACACACACACACACACACACACACACACACACACACACAUAAUUCUCACCGCACAUACAAAUAAUCUUGUAACACUUUAAGCUGUCCAAUUUUUUCCAGGUACGUACUAAAGUUAUUAAUAUGUAAUUAAUUAUGCAUAAUUAGACAUAACUAACUCCAAACCUAACUCUCGUUCUAAGACUAACCAUAAAGUAUAUGUAAUUAAUUAACAGUAGUUAAAUUAAUUGUUACAUUGUAAUGUGUCCAAACUGUAACCAGACCUUCUUUCAAAUGACAAAUGACAAUUUUAUUUGGACAAAAUCUAGUCCUCUUCUGCUUUUUUAUUUGGGCUGUGAAUGCUGUUUUCUAAUGACUGUAAAUGUUAUGUUCUCAGAGACUUUCAAGAAGGUUCUUUUCUGUUUUAAAAGGGCUUUGUUGUUGUUGUUUUUGUGGCAGUUUUAAUAAGGAUAUUAAUAUGAUCUGCGCUAAAAUUAUCCUAAUUUAAAACUACUUUAUAAGAUUUUUUUUUAUUUAGUUA